GCUAGAAAGUGGUAGUGUAGAGAACAGGGGUACAGGAGCGAACUUAGUGUGUUUUAUCGUGUUGUGUGUAAAUAGUAUAUUUUCGAGGUUACAUUGCGAUAAUGCGUAUUUUCAAUCGUUGUGCGGCGCUAAAGUGCAGGAACAAUACGAACAACUGUAGUUUAAGUUUUUUUAGAUUUCCGACGGAUAUAAACAGAGGGAGAAUUUGGUUGAUAGCGUGUAGUAGAAAUGACCUUAUGCAAGAUGUCGCUAAAUUGCAUACUCUGUCACACAGAUUAUGUGCCAUUCAUUUUGAACAAACUAUGUUUGCAAAUAAGCAGCGUAAUAGGUUGUUGAAACAUGCAGUGCCUCGAAUAUUUCCUGCUUUAGAAGGUGGUAGUUCAAGUAUUGCACCUACAUCCCAACUUCGCUGUGAAACCAGUGAAUUCCUAGCUGAUGUUUCUCAAGAAUUGCAAGCAUUGGAACCUCAACACAGCAGACAUGUAGUGGACAUACAAACACUAACUUCUCCAAACACAAGGAUGACGCAGACCAGCGCUUCUUUGUCAGCUAACUCACCUCGCAAACGCAAAUUGAGAACAACGUUAAAGAGGCUUCGGGAUGAAAAUUAUCGCCUGAAGAAGAGACUGAAGAUUCUACAAGAUAGAAAAACUGACUCCUAUCUCGAUAAAGUUACUUUGUCCGAUUAUAAGCAGCUAACUAACAAAUUUUGUCGGUCCAAAGAUAUAGCGGAUUUUAUAAAUAAACAAGUAGGAGAAAUGGUUAAGAAACCGAAAGGCAGACGAUUCACUAGUGAAUAAGCUGUGAUAUUACGCUUUAAAGUAGAAAUAUUAUACAUAUUUAAAUAUUAUCACAUUAUUCGCAUAAUUUCCUCCGUCGAUUAUUUAAUAAAUAUCACUAAAUUUAAUUUUGAAGGCAACAGUUACGAAAUAGUCACGAUUUGUAAUCAAAAUCGCCAUGAAACUCUAUUAUUUUAUGUACUAUUAUAUUUAAUUGAAGUAGGAAGUUACGAAAAAUGCUUGAACAACUGUUGUUUGUUAUCUCUUAAUUUAAAUUAAAUUACUGUGGAGGAAAACAGGAAUAAUACCAUGUUCCUUUCCAAAAUAACGUGAAC